AUGACUGCCCAACAACCGGAAAAGUUCUUGUUCACCUCGGAAUCGGUCGGUGAAGGCCACCCCGACAAGAUCUGUGACCAAGUGUCCGACGCCAUCUUGGACGCGUGUCUCGCCGUCGACCCUUUGUCGAAGGUCGCGUGUGAAACCGCCGCCAAGACCGGUAUGAUCAUGGUGUUCGGUGAAAUCACCACCAAGGCCCAAUUGGACUACCAAAAGAUCAUCCGUGACACCAUCAAGCACAUUGGUUACGACGACUCCGAAAAGGGGUUCGACUACAAGACGUGUAACGUGUUGGUCGCCAUCGAACAACAGUCGCCCGACAUCGCCCAAGGUUUGCACUUGGAACAAGCCUUGGAAGAAUUGGGUGCCGGUGACCAAGGUAUCAUGUUCGGUUACGCCACCGACGAAACCGACGAAAAGUUGCCGUUGACGGUGCUUUUGUCGCACAAGCUCAACGCCGCCUUGGCCGACGCCAGAAGAAACGGCACCUUGCCCUGGUUGAGACCCGACACCAAGACCCAGGUCACCAUCGAAUACCAAAAGGACGGCGGUGCCGUCAAGCCCCUCAGAGUCGACACCAUCGUCAUCUCGACCCAACACGCCGACGAGAUCUCCACUGAAGACCUCAGAAAGGAAAUCCAAAAGCACAUCAUCCAAAAGGUUAUCCCCGCGGAAUUGUUGGACGACAAGACCAUCUACCACAUCCAACCCUCGGGCAGAUUCGUCAUCGGUGGUCCCCAAGGUGACGCCGGUUUGACCGGUAGAAAGAUCAUCGUCGACACCUACGGUGGUUGGGGUGCCCACGGUGGUGGUGCCUUCUCGGGUAAGGACUUCUCCAAGGUCGACAGAUCGGCUGCUUACGCCGCCAGAUGGGUUGCCAAGUCGUUGGUCAAUGCCGGCCUCGCCAGAAGAGCCUUGGUGCAAUUCUCGUACGCCAUCGGUGUCGCCGAACCUUUGUCGAUCCACGUCGACACCUACGGCACCUCGGACCGUUCGUCGGAAGAAUUGGUCGAAAUCAUCAAGAACAACUUCGACUUGAGACCCGGUAUCAUCGUCAAGGAAUUGGACUUGGCCCGUCCCAUCUACUUCAAGACCGCCUCGUACGGUCACUUCACCAACCAAGAAAACCCUUGGGAACAACCCAAGAAGUUGAAGUUCUAA